AAAAACUGUCCAUAACUUCAAGUGCAUCAAAAAAAAUUGUGUUUUUUUUUGUUUCAUUCAUCGGUGGUAUACUAUGUCUUCACCGCCGCCGUCGCUGCCGCUAAACAACAACAACAACAAAUGUCGGGUUUGUAUGAAAACUUCGGGUGAAUUGCUAACUGUCUGCAGGUGUCGGUCCUGGAGUUUAGCACACAAACAGUGUCUCAAACAUUACGUGAAACUAACGCUCAAUCAUUGUUGCGAUGUUUGUGGCCAUCAGUACGCAAUCCGACGCCGACCGAUGAAUAUGGUCGACAUGUUUGCCAAUGAGCCGAUCCAAUUGGAAACACUGGUCGAAAUUGCCAGCAAACUGUUAAAUCUGAUACACUGUUGGCUAAUCGUACGGCUGGUCAUAGCCCUCGCCGAUAAUACUGACCAAUGGCUACAAGAUUUUGUCGUAUUUAUUGUCUACAGUCGGCUCGCGUACAUUGUCUACAUAUUCUUCCGGUUUGUGGCCACCAUUGUCUGGCAGUACAGCCGCUAUUGGCGGCCAAAUAACUUUGUCAUCGAUUUUGUACCGAUGAUGGCCACCACUGAUACUAUCGCCACUGAAUCGCCAACAACUCGUUGACCAUCAGAAACCCCAAUCACCCGGUGUUUUGUCCAAACAUUUUGUUUUUUUUUGCUUAAAUUUAAAAAUAC